GCCUCCACUCCCUCUCUUUUUACCGUUUGCCUGAAAAUUUCCCAACCCGAUUUUCUUCUUCUUCUUCUUCCUUUGGGUCUCUCUCUCUUCCCCGAAACCCUAAAAAUGGACUCAAUGCCUAUUAACUGGGAAGCCCUCGACGCUCUCAUAAUCGAUUUCGCCAAAUCCGAGAACCUAAUCGAAGACUCCUUCUCGUCUCCGCCGUCGUCUCCGUCGCCGUCGUCUUCCUCUUCGUCGUCCGUUUCGUCGUCGUCGUAUCACUCGCGGCUGAUUAUCCGUCAGAUCAGACGGUCGUUGGAGGCCGGUGACAUUGACGCCGCCGUCGGUCUCCUCCGCUCCCACGCGCCCUUCAUCCUCGACGAUCACCGCCUCCUCUUCCGCCUCCAGAAACAGAGGUUUAUUGAGCUGUUGAGGAGAGGCUCGGCGGAGGCGCGUGAGUCGGCGAUUAGUUGCCUGAGAACUGCUCUGGCUCCUUGUGCACUUGACGCCUAUCCGGAAGCAUAUGAGGAGUUCAAGCAUGUACUACUAGCUUUUAUAUAUGAUAAAGACGAUCAAGCUUCUCCAGUAGCAAGUGAGUGGUCCGAAAGGAGGAGGUUUGACAUUGCUGGAUUGGUUUCCACUGUCUUAAGAGCCCAUUUACAUGCCUAUGAUCCAGUUUUCUCAAUGACCUUGAUAUAUUUAAUAAGCAUACACAAGGGCUUUUGUCUUCGUCAAGGAAUUUCAUCACCCAUUUCAGACCUUACAACGAGGUUGCUUCUAGAGGAGCGUGACCCCCCAGCAAUUCCCCAAGAGAGCCUGUCUGAAGCACCUCCUUUUGAUGAGGUGGACAUACAAGCUCUAGCACACGCUGUAGAACUUACAAGGCAGGGAGCAGUAGAUAGUUUGAGAUUUGCUAAGGGUGAUUUGUUUCAGGCUUUUCAGAACGAAAUAUGUAGAAUGAGAGUUGAUGUUACCCUGCUUGAUGAGCUUGUUCGCGAGUACUGUGUUUAUAGGGGCAUUGUGGAUGCUGGUCUUGCAUCUUCUUCUGUUGUACCUGGAAUGCAAAGCCCUUCCAAAUCUAUGAAAGUUGACCAAUCAGUGGCUGGUUAUUCUUUGUCAAGAGACAGUUCUCACGAGGUGGAAUAUGCCAGCAAAAAUUCUGAUGGUGAAGUUUCCAUUAGUACUGAUCAGCGACGUGGUUCCCCUGAAAAGAAUUCUGAUGUGGCUAGCAUGGAAGGAAUCGAGGUCGACCUACGUUAUGCUUGUGAGUCAACCAGCAACCAAGAAGAUUGUAGCACCAGUGGAUCACAUCAGCCUGAAAAUCUUAGAGUUCCACAAAGAAACAGAACCAAUGUAAGUGCAGAAAGAAGUAAGCGCAAGCGAUGGAGGGGAAGACAAGAUGAUCUUGAGUUUAUUCCUGGUGUUUCUUGUAAUCAAAUAAGUAAAGGAAUAAGCUCAAAUUCCCUGGUUUCCGAUACAUUGUCUUCAAAGGAGAAGCAGGCUUCAGAAUGUUUAGUUGUAGAUGUUAACAACGUGGAUAAAUAUGAGAUUGUGCUUGAGAUGAAGGAACUAGCUAGCAAAGGAAUGGCUGCAGAGGUUGUAGAAGGAGUCAACUCGAUGGACCCGAACUUUUUUGGGCAAAAUCCUCUUUUGCUGUUUCAACUUAAGCAGGUUGAAUUCCUUAAGCUUGUCAGCUCUGGUGACUGUUCUAGUGCUCUGAGGGUUGCAUGCUCUCAUCUUGGUCCUUUGGCUGCUAGUAACCCAUCUUUACUGAAAUCCUUGAAGGAGACUUUAUUAGCACUGCUCCAACCUGAUGAAGAUGCACUUCGAAAAGGCUUCCCCUUGCAUGCUCUUGCAACUUCACUCCAGGUUGCAAUUGGGAGGAGGCUUGGCAUUGAUGAACCACAGCUUAUGAAAAUAAUGAGAGCAACCCUUCACACACAUAAUGAGUGGUUUAAACUUCAAAUGUGUAAGGAUCACUUUGAAAGUCUAGUGAGGAUUGAUUUCUUGAAAGAAGUUAAUAUGCCUUCGCUUGCUGCUGCUGCAACAUCAAAGUCAAAUGCUGAUAGUUGCUCUAAUGGGUCUUCCCAAGUUACAAUAUCUUCAAGCACCAGGAUGGUGGAAGAUGGAAGCAGCCUGUCUCAAGUGUCAUCGAGAGAUGUUGACGAGAAUGCAAUACUGAAAGUAAUGGAAUUUCUAGCUCUGCCGAGAGCAGAUGCCAUCCAUCUUCUUGGACAGUACAAUGGAAAUGCUGAGACAGUCAUUCAGCAAAUAUUUGCUUAAUUCGAUGUAGCACUAUUCAUGAAUUUUUCAGUUUUUAGCUUAUAUUGGUUUAUUCAAUUUGUGCAUAAGAGUUUCCCAUGUAGAUAGAUAUACAGAGAGUUUUUGCAAAGGGAUGUACAGUAACAUGUUCUACACUGGCUGUUUCCCAUGUAUAUGAUCCAUAUGGGCAUUCUGUCUGAAAAAGCAGCCACUAAUAAAACAGUGUUGGUUGGUCAGAAAUAGAAUAAAGCACUGGGAGACAAUUGGAUUGGUGUA